UUCAUAAGCGAGACAGUCAGGACAUAUUCUAUCAUAUAAUAUAUAUUAUCCUGCAAGCCCGAUCUAUAACAACAACAAGGGGAAACAGCCAAGAGAUGUCCCAGUGGCAGGACCUGCUGAGUCUCGACUCAGCCCUCCAGGGCCGAGUGAGCCGGCUGUACGAGGGAAGGUUCCCCAGAGAGAUCCGCCACUGUCUGUGCGUCACCAUAGAGAGCCAUGACUGGGAUUUGGCAGCUGUGGAUGAAAAUAAAGCAAGAACUUGUUUCCAUGCACUCCUGGUGUCUUUGGAAGAACUGCGGAACCGUUCUGUUCAGCAGAACAACAUCUUGCUGGGACCUGAUUUUCCAGGCAUGCAAGACUACUUGCUGAAACACUUUGAAGAGGAGCCUCGGAACUUGGCUGUUAUCCUCUCUGUAAACCUAAAGGAGGAAAAGACAAUCCUGGCUUCAGCCUCUGAAUCAAAGGGUUGCAGCAGUCCAGCCGUUAAUCAAAAAUGGAAAGAGGUGGACAACAAUGUCAAUGAACUGAAACGACAGUCUUUGGAGGUGAAGAGGGAAAUGAGGUCACUGGAGUUCCUAAAUGAAAACCUUGACUUUAUACAGAGGACCUGGCAAACGCAAGUGGAGCAGUGCGUUGGAUUGGCCCAGUCUCAUGCUGUUGUGGAAGAGGAAUGUCGCAGGCGCACCAACUUUAUCACACAAACAAAGGAGAUAGUGCUGCAGCAGAUGGAGAACAUUUUAGGCCUGGCACAGAAAAUUGUGGCCACUCUCACAGAUGUGGAGCUACCUGAGUGGAAGCGCAGGCAGCAGAUGGCCUGCAUUGGAAGUCCAGCUGACACCUGUCUAGACCAUCUCCAGAAGUGGUUCACGACUGUGGCAGAGACGCUGCUAGGAGUACACGAACAGCUGCAGAAACUGCAAGACCAAAACAUAAUAUACAACAGCACCGAUGCCUCCAGCCUCACAGGUCCCAUGGCGGAAUUUGAGAAAUUCAUGCUGUCCUUGCUCACAAAACUUCUUGCAAAUGCUCUCGUGGUUGAGAAACAACCGUUCAUGUCCAGUUUACCACAACGACCUCUAAUACUUAAGACCGGUGUGCGGUUCACAGUGACAGUGAGGUUCUUGGCAAACCUCCCAGAGUUCAAGUGCCUGCUCAAAGUCAAACCUGUAUUUGACAAGGAUGUUGAAGCCAAGACACUUAAAGGGUUCCGCCACUUUGACUUCAACAAGGAUGACAGUAAAGUGUUGGACGUGGAUUCGCCCUGUGGAGGCUUGGUGGCAGAAUUUAGUCACAUGUCACUCAAGGAAAGCAAAUCAAGAACCAAAGGAUCAUAUGAGAGUCAUCUGGUGGUCACCGAGGAACUCCACAUCAUUAAGUUUGAGACAGGGUUUCAGCACGCUGGACUGGGAUUUAACAUCGAGACCAGCUCUCUGCCUGUGGUUGUCAUCUCCAGCACCAAUCAGGUCGUCAAUGCCUGGGUCUCUGUCAUGUGGUUCAACAUGCUGUCCACUAGUGAACCAAGGAACCUGUCCAUGUUUCUCGACCCUCCUCCACUCACCUGGCACAAGCUCUCACAGGUUCUGAGCUGGCAGUUUAUGUCCGUUGGCCAACGCGAGCUCGACGAAAACCAGCUCUCCAUGCUGCAAGACAGAAUCGUGGACGAUCCUGAUGGUCUCGUUCAGUGGAGCAAGUUCUCCAAGAAUGAAAGUGCCUGGAUUUGGAUUGAUGGAAUCCUGGAUUUGAUCAAAAGGCACUUGGUGGAUCUCUGGCGGGAUGGGUCCAUCAUGGGGUUCGUGAGCCGGGAGAGAACACAGGUUCUGUUGCAGGAAAAACAGACCGGGACCUUUCUGCUACGCUUUAGCGAAAGCAACAAAGAUGGAGCAAUCACCUUCAGCUGGGUUGAUCGCUGCAAUGGUGAAACCCAUGUGCAUGCAGUCGAGCCCUACACAAAGAAUGAGCUGUUGUCCAUCUCUGUGCCGGACAUCAUUUACCACUACAGUCUGAGAGCCCAGGGGAGAAAGCACAGGAAUCCACUGAUCUACCUCUACCCAGACAUAGACAAAGACGCUGCCUUUAAACGCUACUACAAACCUCGUGAAAUGUCGGCAACUAAAAAGGUCGUAAGUGACUACGUGAACAGAACUAUGGUUCCCGUCUCAGACAAUCCUACGCCACCGCCGUCUCCACCGACCGAGAUGCCCAUUAUGGACAUGGACAUGGACAUGGACCCUGGAAUAACACUGGAUAAUGCUGAACUCUUCGCUGAACUCUUCGCUGAUUUACUCGACAUACCUGAACACCCCGACUUAAUGACAAUUUAUCAAGAAACAGCAUCAACUCAUACCUUCGGCGAUCUUAGUUGCUCCUUCUGAAAAUGUGCUGGGUCACUGUCUCAGAAUCACAAUGGGACACAUUAAUGAAAUACAUGGAAUGUUUUCAUAGCAGGUGUCAGUAUUACAAUAAAGAAACAGAACAUGUCACUUACUAUAAAAAAAAAUGUAAAUGUCAUAAAAGCAAUGAUGUAUGAUCAAUAUUAUUUAAAAUUUUGCUAAAAAAAGCUAAAAGGAAUGUUAGGCAAGGGGUGUUUCUAAAUUAAUGUGUGAUGUUUUCUACUGUAUUGUUUAAAAGUGUACUGCAAACCUUUCUACUUCCACACGAUCACUUUUUGAAUAAUCUAUUGAUUCAGUAGAAAAUCCUGCUGUCGUGUGUAAAAAAAACACCAUACUGUACUCUGAAUGUUCUUAACUUUUGUUUAUUAAAAUAAACAUAUCAUUCCAGUGCCAGGAGAAAUAACAUCUGCAUUUUACAGGACUGAACAACUUUAUUUAUACAUAAGGUCAAAGGACAAACACAGUCAGUGGCCUAUUGUCUUGGCUGCUUGUUUUCACCUUUUCUCUGUCUUGACCCCUACAUGUCCUGGUCAAAAUACACAAGCUUGCACUACUAAAAAAUACCACGCUCUUUUAGAAAGCAGUUCAAUCUUCAAUCUUUCAUCAAAAAGUCUAAGAACAGCACAGCACAUUACACCUACUAAAAUAUGUGUCCUUUUGAAUUACUUGUAAAUAUCUAUUUAGCACUAGAUAAAUUGAGACCCAUAAGAAACAAGUCUCACAAAUGGGUAACCUGAUGAGUCAAGUUAAGCCAUGUAUAACUGACUACACGUUUAAUAAGAGUGAGUUGAAUAGCUCAAUUUGUUUGUUAAAAUUGAACAGUUAAUACUUUCAUCUGCCUAUAAACAGAACCCUUUUUAUUUAUGUUUAACAAAAAGUACAUUUUGCAGUGUGCAAAUAUUUACUAAACUCAUAAUGGUGAGCAAGGAAACAUAUGUUACCUGUUAAACAUCGACAUGUUUUUAAGAUUUACUUUUUGCCUUUAUUUUUUUAGAGCAGUGUCAUUGUGAAAAAGUCAGCAUGCUAGUGUUACCAUUGGAUUGUCACAUCACAUCGUUUUCAUUACAAGUUACGAGUUCCUGAUAUCUUUGACAUGGAACUACAGUAGGAAGCUGACAUGUCUCCCAUUUGGUGACACAACUAUAGACAUGUCUGCAGACUGAUGCCCCACCGCUGGCAGCUAUAGCUAACAUUAGCACUCGUCAAAAUCAAAUCCAAUAUAAUUACAUGUGUUUCAGCUAAUUUUAUUUGGGCCUGCUACAAACUAAUUAACAUAAUUAACAUGAAUUUAAGUAAGAAUUAAACUAUUCUUUUGACUCUUCAGGUAUUCUGUUUCUGAUACUUGUGACUUCUAGGCCCCCAUAGUACGAAUAUUUGUAUAUAUAUAUAUAUAUAUAUAUAUAUAUAUUCACUAUUAUUAUAGUGAGAUUAUCAGUGUAAUAGUGAUACUAUGAGAAACCGCCACUUGGAAUGUUACAGCAUAGCAUAAAAUCCUGUGUCUUGACACAUUUUGUGUGGUUCAGGUCAGUUAUUGUACAGUAAGGUUUGUUCAUAUUUCUUAACUUGCACCAACUAAAUAUAAUCAGGGUAAAUUCAGAACAUUCUUAUAGUACAGUCUUUGAUUUGGAUUGUGGGAAACAGCAUUUUGGAAAUAACUCUCUAGUGCAUAGGUAACAUCAUAUCUAAGUAAGAAUUACUGCAAGACGUCCAUACAGAUUGAUAAUUGUCAAAAGUUUUAUAAAUUGUCCUUGUGCUGCUAAAAUUGUUCGGUGCAGGAAAACCCAACAUUGUGACUAUCCCAAAAAAAAAAAACAAUGGCACGAAACAAAGUAAAAAAAAAAAAAAUUGAACACGGAAUAAAAAUCUGAUAUUGUUGAUAGGAAGGGCUGGAGGAUAUGGGGGGAAAUGCAUAUGACAGAAAAAUGUAAAUAUGACAACACAAAAUAUAAAAUAUAGAAACCAUCUUGCCUUCACCCCAGAAGCAACAAACUACACAAUCGUACAUCUCUAAAAAUGUUCCUCUUUAAAAAGUCUCUGUGAAAUAAAUACAUAGUUUUUCUAUUGCAAGUGUUCCCACUGAAAAAUACAUUCUGAGUACAAUCUUUCAAUGACUUCAAACGAGAUGAAGUUUCAUUGAAACCUGCCGCUGACCUCGCAGCAGUCAGGAGAACAAUCUGAGAAUAUAGAUGCAGCUAUACGGAGAUUAAACAGGCACACGACUGCACUGUCAGCGUAAUGCCUGUGGGCCUUAACACAUUUACACAAUCAGAGACGCAUUAUAAAGCUUAUAUCAUAAUUUCCACACACCUCACUAUCUCACAAACAAACACAGUCAGAUAUCACUCAAAUGUUUCCUGGUAAGAGAAUAAUAUAACAUGAGCUAUACUGUAACUAAACUAAUACACUUUUAUACAAACCAUAGCCUGGGAUACCACAAGAUUUACGGUACCGACACAUUACAAGAAUAAUAUACUGUAAACAUGAUUGCAUUACGGAUACCCGGAUGCUGUAUCAUUUGUUUAAACAGUAUUGAGUAGGUGCUCACUCACACAUACAACACGCACUACAUUAUGGUAGAGGCGAGGGAGUGAUAACGAAGUAGAGCAUCGAUGUACAGCCGGAAAGCAAAGCACACCAGACGGGGACAAAGCAACAAUAACUAAUUCACUACACAUUUUCAGAAGUGUGGUCCACAGCAGCGUAGAAACCUA